UAUACAUGUUGCAGGUUUACACCGGCUUUACUGUUCUGGUUUCUUAUGUAGUCUUUCCAAGAUAUCUUUAAACAAAAGACAGAAAGAGGAAAGAGAGAGCAGGUCAUCGUUAGUUUAAAUUUGACCAGAAUAUGUUCUUCGUUUGUGAUUUUCGAAUAAUGCAAAAUUGUUGCGAGAAAAUGGUAAGGAAACGAUGAUUGACUGAAAUUUGCUGUCGGAUGUUUACUUGGGAGCAAAUAUUUACCACCAGCUACGUACAGUGCCUUCUUCAAUUAAAUAUAAAUACUGAAGCCAAACCGAUGGUUCGAUCUCUCGUUUUACUGGCGCCAAUUGCAGAUUAAAACUGAAUUAAAGACAGUAAAAUAAGAAUUUCCUGUUGGUUUGAAGAAUUCUUUCUGCUUCCAUUUCUCACCUGAGAGCAUCAUACAUUCAACAGUGCUUUGGGAACUUAACCUUUCUUAAGUGACUGAGGAAUAGAAUUCAAGUGACAAAUACCAUGGCGAAUAAUUAUAAUCUGAACCAGUCACUGCCUGACAGCAGUAACAUAAACUAUCCGUUAUCUCUGUAUGGAGACAACCAAAGAUCUCAGCAUCUCACAGACUACACCAAUUCUACUCUACUCCCUCGAAACAUGUACAGAGACAUGAAUCAUGACAUGGACAGAAAUAUGGCUACCAACAACAGCAACAACAACAACAGAAGUGUGUGUCUUUAUUGUGGCGAGGUUUUCCCCAGCACAACCAGUCUAAGAAUACAUUUGAAAUCACACAUUGCAAAACCGUCAAACCUAUCAUCACAAAAUCAAUCACUUUCAGAUCUUUCAGGCAACCAAGAUAUUGAUCCAAGUCCGACUCAUGGUCUUGAUUUUAACCUUGAUGUUGAUCUAGCUCAGAAUUUGGAUACUAAUGCUGGAUCAAUUCCUAAUUAUGCUGGGAACACAAGUAAGUUCAGCAAAGACCAAAGCUACCAAGAAAAAGCCAUCAACAACAAGGGUGCUUCAAAUAGCAAUGAGGAUUAUAGCGAUCAGCUGGCGAACCAAAUGGAAUCCAACAAAGAUUGCGAGGACAGUGUAACAAGUAAUUUACCCAGAUGUGAUCAGUGUAAUCGUGUGUUCUCAUGUAAGUCUGAUUUAACGACUCAUCUUCGUUCUCAUAAAUCAGAACAGCCUUAUCAGUGCAUUCAUUGCUUGAAGACAUUUGCAUAUGGCUUCAGGUUGAAAAUUCAUAUACGAUCACAUAGCGGAGAGAGGCCCUACCAAUGCACUUUCUGUGCUAAAACUUUCACCACCAACUCAAACCUCAAGAUACACACCCGUACACACACCGGAGAACGUCCUUAUCAUUGUAACCACUGUCCACGCACAUUUGCUAGACCAGACACUCUGCAAGAGCAUACACGCACCCACACUGGUGAAAGACCUUAUGAAUGUGCUUACUGUGACCGAACAUUUGCCGUCAGUUCUCACCUUAAUGUCCAUCUACGGCGCCAUACUGGAGAGAAACCUUAUCAGUGCCCUACCUGCGAACUUUCAUUCAUUAGCAGUUCCCGACUUCGUGUCCAUCGUCGUGUACACAGUGGAGAACGUCCUUAUAGCUGUCCCCAUUGUUGCAAAUGCUUCUCACACAAGACCACCCUCCAGGGUCACAUAAGAACACACACUGGUGAACGUCCGUUCACUUGUGUUUAUUGUAGUCGUACAUUUUCUCGUCAGGAUAUUCUCGGGCUGCACUUGAAAAGUCAUACUGGUGAGAGUUUAUUUAAAUGUCUCCACUGUCCUAAAAAUUUCACUAACCGAAGCCUGCUCCGUCGUCAUAUUCGCAUUCAUACAGGUGAUAAACCUUUCCAUUGUGAAGCUUGUCCUAAAAUGUUCACAAAUAGUUUCAAUCUUAAAGUACAUAUGAGAACUCAUACUGGUGAAAAGCCAUACAAAUGUGAUCAGUGUGGGAAAGAAUUUUCUAGACAAGAUACACUGAAAAAACAUACAAAGACUCAUAAAGGCUAGCUGUGGCCCCAAAGCAUUUCCUUGACUGAUUAUAUAGUUCAAAUUUGAAUAUAUCAUUUCAUAGUUAUUUAUAUACAUCUCUCAAGUGCUAUACUUCUAACAUUUUUUUGUCAUAAUUUUCUAUUAAUUUGCUAACUUGAGAUAAAAUGGUUGUGAGGUUAACAUGGUGGAUUAAUGACCACAUACUCAUAUAGUUCAGAUGUUACUACUGUUAUUGUUUUGUGUUCCCAAGUGAGGUAAUUAACUCUGUCUGAAUGGAUACAAAACAGGUUCAACCACUCCUACAUCAAAGAGAAAUGGUUAGUAGUAAAAAGUGCAUCUAACUACAGAAGAAAUUGCUCUGACAAUAAACUGUUCCACUCAUGCAAACAUGCAAAAGUGGAUAACUUUUUUUAAACUACAUUGUACAAAGGAAAAACACAAAAAUUAUCAGAAAUAGUGUCGAUCUGAUUAUCUUUGGCAGCCCUCACUUAAAACUGGUAAACUGAUAGUUUACACACAUGCAUACAUAUAUUUGUAUCCCUUUAUAGUUCUAUAAUCCAACCCUAUUAUGAAACCAAAAUGGUGAACAAGAUUUUGCUCUCCUUUUUUUUUUUUUCAUUGUUGUCAAAUUUUACUUUUGGUAAAGUUAAACCUGUAACUUCUGAAUGGAUCAGUUUUCAUAAACAUAGCUACAAGGAGAUGUUUAUAAGAUGGCUUAUAAAAACUCUUAAUAUUGUGAGUAGCAAGUCAGAUGGUGAGCUGGCAGAAUUGUGAUUGCAUCAGGAGAAAAUUUUUAGCAACAUUUCUUUGAAUUCUGCCGAGGUUGACUUUGCCUUUCAUCCUUUCAGGGUUGAUGAAAUAAGUACCAGUUGAGUACUGGGGGUUGAUGUAAUCAACUUACCCCCACUUCCCUUGAAAUUGCUGGCCCUGUGCCAAAAUUUGAAACGCAUAUUGUGAGUAACAAAUGUCUCAUUAACUUUUGUUUCCAAAGAAGACAAUUUUCAUUAACAAUAACCUGUCUGUAUUCGGAUAAACUUCAUUGUAAACAUAUUUCAAAGCAAAUGCAGAAUUGUUUUACUUUAAUUCCUCUCUGUAUUGAGGAAUGACAGGAUGUGAGCAUUUAUUUGUCGUUGUAUACUGCAAUGUUCAAAAGUAGGUAUACAGUUUAAAAAAAAGAGAAAAAAACACACACAGUACUCAUUUAUUUUUAUAAAAAAAAAUCAGAAGUUAACAAUAAAAGUAUUAUUAUAAUUAUGAUUAAUGACACUGAAAAUAUCAAAAAUCAGGCUAACUUUUCAUUUUUUUUCAAUGAAAAUAAAUGAAUAUAGUACGGGUUUUCUUUUUUCAUAACUGCAUACCCACUUUUGCACCCUGCUGUAUAUGGCAUAACCUUGUCCUCUUGUUACUUUCUGCUUUGCUUAGCAAUUUUUCAUUGGUGAAAUCAAUUCCACAUAUAAGUUGCAUUAGUAAAGAAAAAAUACUUGUUCCAACCAAAUGCAUAAUUCUUUAAUUAUUCAUUUAGGUUCAUCACUUUUUGUGACAUGUUUUUCUUAGCUCCAUUAUAUCCUAUUCAAAAAUAGAAACCAGUAGACUAUUUAGUUGAGUUUCAAUAACUGAAGAAAAACUGUGUAAAAAAAACAAGUUUUAAAUUAAAUAAAAAAAACAUGGAAACAAAA